AUGGGGUUAUCCUCUGCCCAGGCUUUCACCAUAAUUACAGCCUUAUCGUUCCUGUUGCUAUUCCUCCACAAAAUUCUCUCGCCGUGGGUAGAGCUUCCUCGUCUCCCCGAACAAUGGCUCGCAUUUCGCAGCGGCCUAGCUUGGACGAUAUUCAAAGACCGUGUGGUAUUCUCCGAGGAUAUGGUUUUAGAUCACGAGAGCGGAUUUGCAAUAAUCAGCUCUGACCCUGGACGGGUGUCUUGGAACGCUCUGUGGGGUCGUAGCCACGCCUCUCAGCGGCAUGGUCAAUUACUGUUGUACGAUUACAGCGGCUCGGGCAGUCUCCGUGAAAUAGAUCUCGUCAAUUUCCCUACGACUUCUGGCUUUCAUCCCCUCGGCGUGGGUCUGUAUCGUGAGGAGGAAAAUAGUCAUGCACGUUUAUUUGUUGUCAACCAGGGUCAAGACAAGAGCUGUGUAGAGGUCAUGGAUUUAGACUACGAAAAUGCACGGGCAGUGCACGUAUGCUCCGUUACAGACAACAACCAUACCAUACGUUCUCCCAACUCUGUCUCGCCCGUAUCUUACACGUCGUUCUAUGUCACAAAUGACCAGUGCCUCAUUCGCCGCAGACAUCCGUUCUUGUCUUUCACUGAGAGAGUGCUUGGCCUUCCCCUGGGAUGGGUAACGUUUGUCGACUUCAGUAUCCCAUACAAACCGAUAUGUACCAUUGUUGCAGGUGGCAUUCCAUUCGCGAACGGAAUACUCGUGACGCCAACAGGGAAAGAGGUUCUCGUUGCCUCGACAAGCACAGACAUCGUUCGAAUUUACGAGCGUGACCCGGAGACUGAUGCACUGUCGAGGAAAUAUAGCAGCGUCUAUAUGACUUUUCACCCAGAAACGCUCAGCUUCGACAGGUCUUUGGACAAAGAUGACUUAACAGUAUUCAACUCUAGUGGGAAAUUUCUUCGUGGAGUAGUCGCAACGGGGUCUCCGGAUGCUGGCCGGUUGUUUUGCAUGGCCAAAAACCCUCACGGAUGUGUUGCUCCGUCUGUUGUGGCCGAAAUUCGUCGACGAAAUGGACCUGAUCUCGGCCCGUUUCCUGGAAGCCUCUUCAACCUGCAUACAAAAUACUACGCUCAGACACUGUUCGCCGAUGACGGGACGUUCUACCCAAGCAGCACUUCAGGUGAUAUGGACUCUAAAAGAGGUCGGCUUAUUGUCAGUGGGCUUUAUGCAGAUGGACUUCUGAAUAUUAUAUGGGACCCGAAAGAGACUCGUCAUUAG